UGCUGCUGCGUCUGCUGCUGAGUCUGCUGCUGGGUAUGCUGCUGCGUCGCUGGAUCGGGAUCCCCCUCGUAAUCUGGCAGGAUUAUCCUUUGGACAGAAAGUGGCUGGCCAAAGAUAAGAGCCACUAUUCUUUCUCGGGGAGUUUGGCCGCUGAGCUCCUCCUCUUCGAUACGGACCAGCGUUGGAAGCGAUUCCUCGGAGAUGGCCGGAUCUGGAUGUUGUUGUUGAUGGCUGCUCCGAUCCUGAUUUCGAGGUUGCAGCGGGCGGAAGUGUUGAAGCAGCUGUUGCAGAUAUCGUGGCAAGCCAAGGAGUUGGCAUGGAACACUUCGUCGAUUGUGUCUAGAUUGCUUUGCACCCGUCGCAGCUGGGAAUCGGAUGUAAGUGCGCCCCAAACCGGAAGACCAUAUUGCCAAAUGGGCAUGAUGAGCUGCUUGAUGACUAUAGCCUUGGUUUCGCUUGGCAGCCGGCUUUUUGGGCCAGCAAGCCAGUCCAGUUUGGCCGCUCUUGAUCGGAGUUUUGUGCAGAUCCUCGUGAUGUGUGAGCUUAGGGUGAUUUGGACAGCUCCAAUGCAUCCACAAUCUGCAUCAGCUCAGGCAGUGUGACUGGUCUGAAGGGAAUCCUGGUUUCCUGGUCCGGUUGUAGCUGCUUCUGCCGUUUUGACUGCUCACGCUCUCUGUUGAUUGCGGCCCGCUCUUCAUCUGAAUUGGACAGUAUCGGGCUGAAUCUCUCCUCCAGGAUUGUGAGCCCCUUGUUAAGACGAUUUUGCGCCGCCCUGUAGUUUCGUCUGGCUUCGAUGGUGCGGGUCGCCAGCCAGAUCCUCUUGCACUGCUGUUUGAUGGAAAGCAGCUCGCUUGUAGCCUCGUCCAGCUUAAGGUGAUGGUGCCGGUGAUGUUGCUGUGACCGCUGCUGAUGUUGAUGCUGACGCUGCUGUGGCCAUCUUCGAUGUGUGCUUGGGUGCUGCUGUUGAUGUUGUGUUGAUGC